AUGGGAGGGGGUGCGGCGCGAGCCGCCUUCCGAUGGAUCCGCGUGAAGAACACGCACGUGCCGCGGGGCUGGGCCACGGGCGAGGGCCACGAGCCCGGCCUGGACUACGACUACGCGGUGCUGGAGCUGAAGCGCGCGCACGGCCAGCGGCCCAUGGCGCUGGGGGUGAGCCCGGACACGGAGGACACGCCGGGCCGCCGGAUCCACUUCUCGGGGUUCGACGACGAUCGGCCGGAGCGCGUGGUGUACCGAUUCUGCCGCGUGGCGCGUGAGUCUCCGGAUCUGCUGUUCCAGCGCUGCGACGCGCGCGCGGGCGCGGGCGGCUCGGGCGUCUACCUGCGGCUCCGCGACCCGGCCACGCGCGCCUGGACGCGCAAGGUGGUGGCGGUGUACGCGGGCCACCAGCGGGAGGCCGGGCCCGGGGCGCCGGGAAGCUACAACGUGGCCGUGCGCAUCACGCCGCUCAAGUACGCGCAGAUCUGCCUCUGGAUCCACGGCAACGACGCCGACUGCGCCCACGGUUAG